CAGACUUUGUGGAUAAUUACCCAUGUCUCACUUUAGCAAGGGGGGAAGAGGGGGAGAUGUGUUUCAAUUAGAAUAUAAAGUAAUCCUUCUAAUGCAGGAAUGAAGAGACAAGUCCUGGGUAUUUGGGCUGUAUUUAUCUCUGAGAAAAAUCUAGCCUCCAGCAUGCAUCAGACUGAGAUGAGAGAAACUGGGGAGUGUAAUGAAAUUUUAUUCUAACAUUGAAGGGAAGGAAGGAAAGAAAAAAUGAGGCAGAAUGGAAAAUAAGUUGACUGAGAGGAUGAGAGAAAAGAGAGGGAGAAACUUGCUAAAGCAUAGGACUCUGAGCAGGGAAUUUUUCUUCCCUUUACAAGUUGGGAGCUGUUGAAUAAUUCAUGGGGUGCAUGGCAAGGCUGUCUCUUCCCUGGGUGAUGUAUCACGGAGCAGGAGAGGGUUCUGAGUGGGUUCAUCACAUCAGCAACCACUCUUGGUGCUCUCCCCUGGAGCUCAGCCUCUGCCUCUGCAGCCUGGCAUCCUCGCUGCUGCCUGCCUGCCCACCGGCCUGGGCUUGCAGCCUGCUGGCACCUUACGUUGGCCGGUUCUGCUGCCAGCUUCUGAGAAGACUCCCCACAAGCAGCCGCUUCCUGCCUGGGACAGGUGUGUGGACGCUGUUUGGAAGGAGCUGGGCCCUUGCCCCUGGCACGGAUCCCAGACUGAGAGCUGAGUUUCUCCUGUUGAUUUCUGGACCACAAAUACUGCUGCUGAGAAGGUAUUUCCUGGCAUCUCUCCCUCUGCCCCUGCCACCAGCCCAGCCCCAAGCCAGGCAAUCAGGUGUCACGAUGGGACGACGCUAGGGCUGGAGGGGUGAAGAGUUGGCCAGAAUGACCAACUCCUCGUCCCCAUCCUCCUCCACCACCGGGGGGUCGCUGCUGCUGCUGUGCGAGGAAGAGGAGCCGUGGGCGGGCCGGCGCAUCCCCGUGUCGCUCCUGUACUCGGGUCUGGCCAUCGGGGGCACGCUGGCCAACGGCAUGGUCAUCUAUCUCGUGUCGUCCUUCCGAAAGCUGCAGACCACCAGCAACGCCUUCAUCGUGAACGGCUGCGCGGCCGAUCUCAGCGUCUGCGCCCUGUGGAUGCCCCAGGAGGCCGUCCUGGGGCUCCUGCCCGCGGGCUCCGCAGAGCCCCCCGCGGACUGGGACGGCGCAGGGGGCAGCUAUCGGCUGCUCCGGGGUGGGUUGCUGGGCCUGGGGCUCACGGUGUCCCUCUUGUCCCAUUGCCUGGUGGCCCUGAACCGCUACCUCCUCAUCACCAGGGCGCCGGCCACCUACCAGGUGCUGUACCAGCGGCGCCACACGGUGGGCAUGCUGGCGCUAUCCUGGGCGCUCGCCUUGGGGCUGGUGCUGUUGUUGCCGCCUUGGGCUCCGCGGCCGGGGGCCUCGCCGCCCCAGAUCCACUACCCCGCGCUGCUGGCGGCGGGAGCGCUGCUAGCGCAGACGGCGCUGCUGCUCCACUGCUACCUGGGCAUCGUGCGCCGCGUGCGCGUCAGCGUCAAGAGGGUCAGCGUGCUCAACUUCCAUCUGCUGCACCAGCUGCCCGGCUGCGCCGCCGCCGCCGCCGCCUUCCCCGCCGCCCCGCACGCCCCGGGCCCCGGCGGCCCCGCCGGCGCCGGCCCCGCACACCCCGCGCAGCCGCAGCCUCUGCCCCCGGCGCUGCAGCCGCGCCGGGCGCAGCGUCGGCUCAGCGGGCUGUCGGUGCUGCUGCUCUGCUGCGUUUUCCUGCUGGCCACGCAGCCGCUCGUGUGGGUGAGCCUGGCCAGCGGCUUCUCGCUCCCCGUGCCCUGGGGCGUGCAGGCGGCCAGCUGGCUCCUGUGCUGCGCCCUGUCCGCGCUCAACCCGCUGCUCUACACCUGGAGGAACGAGGAGUUCCGGCGCUCCGUGCGCUCCGUCCUGCCCGGCGUCGGGGACGCGGCUGCCGCCGCCGCCGCCGCCACCGCCGUGCCAGCCAUGUCCCAGGCCCAGCUGGGCACCCGCGCCGCCGGCCAGCACUGGUGA